AUGACCGUAAAAUAUAACUUGGCUGUAUCAACAUCACGACCAUGGACCCUGUUCAAAUUAUUAUUUCGAUGGCGUGGAAGUGUUUGGAAGUCGGUGACCUUUGAACUUGUCAUUUGGUUAUUGCUUUAUUUUACUAUCGGUAUUAUUUAUCGUAAAAUGUUGUCACCUCAACAAAUUAGAGAUUUCGAACGGAUUGCUCAUAUAUUGGAUGAAAAAUUGAAUCUAAUACCACUUGAUUUCAUGCUUGGCUUUUUUGUCACAUCUGUCAUCAAUCGAUGGCUUAAAUUCUUUAAUAAUAUUGGUUACAUUGACAAUAUUGCAUUAAUGACAGCAGCGUAUGUACGUGGCGAUGAUGAAAGAUCACGUAAAAUGCGUCGUAACAUUGUUCGUUAUUGCGUCUUAUCGCAAGCACUUGUUUUCCGUGACAUUAGCAUGAAAGUAAGAAAACGAUUUCCAACAUUAGAUUCUGUUGUUGCAUCAGGAUUUAUGAUGUCACAUGAAAAAGCUAAAUUAGAUGAAAUUCAUUAUCGUUAUGAUAAGCAUUGGAUACCAUUUCAAUGGGCUUUGGCAAUUUGUGACGAUGCGCGACAACAACAAAAAAUUGCAAGCGAUUGGUUACAGCAGAAAGUUUGUGAAGAAAUUAAACGAUUUCGUACAAAUAUGGCAAAUUUAUACAAUUUCGAUUGGGUACCAUUACCAAUUAUGUAUGCUCAAAUUGUUGUCCUUGGCGUUCAUUUGUAUUUUUUUGUGUGCGCCAUAUCACGACAACAUAUUCUUUCAGAUGAAGCACCAAAUAAGUCUAAAGUCGAUGCGUUUUUUCCAUUUAUGUCCGUUUUACAAUUUAUUUUUUAUAUGGGUUGGUUAAAAGUAGCCGAAGUACUACUGAAUCCAUUUGGUGAAGAUGACGAUGAUUUUGAAUGUAAUUUUCUACUCGAUAAAAAUCUUGCUGUAGGCUUAAUGAUCGUUGAUUUGGGUUACAAUCAACCGCCAGCAAUUGAGAAAGAUGCAUUUUGGAAUGGACCUAUUGAACCACUUUAUACACAACAAUCGAUGGUACUUGAACGACGAAUGAGUAGUAUUACCGGUUCACUUGCCCAUAUUAGAUUAUCAGGUGAUAAAAAAAUUCAAAUGAUGCCAUUACCGCAUAGCACAGAUUCUAUGCGAAAUCCAUUAGAUUAUUUGUUAAAAGCAACUUCAUGGACUAGAUCAGUAAGUGAAGUUGAAGAUGUUAAUGAUAAAGAAUUAUUAAAAAAUGAUCAAUGUGGAAACGAUUUACAAAUUGUUGAUACUGCCAAUCAUACACGGCGACGAUUUAGUUUAGGUGAUUAUUUUCAUUUACCAUUUCGUUCAACAUUAUCAGCACGUACUUCACAUGAUUCAAUUAAUUUUAUCACUGAGCCACAUCAUUUGGAAGAUUUAACAGAAGAAAACGAGGAUACCAUUCAUUCACGAAAAGUGCAAUUGCAAUUAAAUCAUCCUAGUAUUAUACCAUUUCCAAUGUCAUUUCCAAAUGAAAAUGAUCCAAAAAGUAAAUUUUAA